AUGGAAGCAGCUAUGGCUGAAGUCGCCAGCCCUCGGAGGCCAAGCUCGUCUGUCGACCCAGCACACACUCCAUCGCAAUCGCGUUCACCCAUCCUCCUCUCGGAAGCCUGGAAACAGCUACACCUCGCUUCGCCUUCUCAGCUGCUCGCAACUCCAUCUCGCGCCCUCUCAUCUUCAACUAUCCAUCCAGGGCAGUCAAAGCAGCAGCAGAAUGAGGACGAUGCCGACUCGUCCGACGACGGAUUCCUCUCGGACCACAGCGAGCAGCUCCAUCCUGAAACCGGCUUCGAUCCUUUUCUUGCAGCAACACGCAGAGCCAGACAGCAUUCCAGCUCUUCGCUCUUACUCCCGCAGACGGCUUCUGCUGCAGUCUCGCCUGCAUCUAAUCCCUCCACAUCAGGCUCGUCUCCUGCUACUUCCAGCGACAAUGUUGCCUCCACAUCCCCUCCACUAGAUCAGCAGGAACAACGCAGACAGGCAGAGUCCUAUCGAUGGUCACGUAUCGCAAAGUUCUGGAGCAAAGUAGUAGACGAGGCCAUGUUCCACGAAAAGAAGCAACCCAAACAGGGUCUCAUCGAUCUCAGCUCCAAGAACAUCACCGACAUUCUUCCCACCAUAGCAGAUCUCUCUCGCUUUGUUGCCCUCCCACCGCCCCGAUACGAUCCAGAUCAAGACGCCGAGAUUCUCUUCUCUCCCGGGCCACAGCAUCUGAUUCAGUCCAAGACCGGCGGUCUUGUCCGCCACGAAUCUUAUCUCGCCCCCUUCAGCGCUCAUAUCCACAACGACGCUGCUUCCGCCAAAACCUCUCUUACCGCCAAACGCACCUUGUCACGCAGUCAGUCUGCUUUCCAGCCCAGCUUAGGACGUCCCCAGUCUUUUGCCCGCACGAACAGUGCCAUGAGCACACUCAGCUCUCCUUCGGCUGGCUCCUACCGCGAUCACCGUGACCGUCAGGCAACCCUCAGCAUCUUUCUCGGUUCCAACUCCCUCACCCGACUGCCAAGCGCCUUCUUCCAGCUGCAGAACCUUCGCGUCCUAUCAUUACGCUCCAACAAGCUCAAGUUCUUGCCACCCGCCAUCGGCGACCUUCACAACCUAUCCGAAUUGCAUGUUCCAAACAACGAGCUUCAGUAUCUUCCUGCCGAGAUUCUUCGUCUCAAGCUCGAUGUCUUUACCUGGUUCCCAAACCCUUACCUCCUCAAGCCACCAAAGGCAGGUGUACUGACUCUUCGACCGCUCUUCUGUCACCGUGCCAAACGCAUUCGGCAGCAGCACUCGUUGAACAAGCUAGCAGAGCUUGACGAGGUAGAUGAAGCUCAUGAUGCUUCUUUCACCACGCCAAUCCGCAACGACGCUGCUAGUACCGAUGGAGUCGUCAACGCAAUCCCGCUGUCGCAACAGCCGCCACCUCUCAUCCGUGCUCCCGCACCCAGCUCCUCCCGUCAACCGAGGCACAUGGACCGCACUCGCUCCGAGAUGCAAGUCGAAGGCUUCCUAGCCAGGGGCAUCGACCGACUUGGUAUGGACCUCUUUGCCUCCAUCAGCGAGCGUGAUGCUGCUGAUACCACAUUGGACCCUGAUGAUACUGCCUCCCAGCUAGCCAUCGGUGCCGAAGCAGUAGACGAUGCUGAGCUGGAGCGUCAGCGCAUUCUUGAGGCAGCCUUCGAGGAGGCAGAUGGCGCUGAUGCUUUUGACUUGACGCCAUCCACAAAGCAGAGUACUUUUGCGCGCAGCAAGGUGGCCGGUCGAUCGCGAGUGCUUGGAGGCAAGCAAGUCUCUGGCCUCCCCACUUUGCAAGAGUUGUGCAUUCGCAAGCUUCUCAGCCCCUACGACAUCGCUGAGGACGUGUCGCAGGGUAUUGUUUCACCAUUCCUCUCACCCGUCGUACAGACCUCAGGUGGACCGCAGCGUCGUCUUGGCAGCAGCAGCAGGAGCAGCUCACGUCAAGGCACGUCACUGCUCUUUGAAGCCCAGCGCAAUUGCGCAACCUCGUUUGGCUCCAAUGCUUCAUGCACCAGGAGCUUCAACUCAAACCGUGGACCAGAGGACAGCAGAUUCGGCAAGAGGCUUCCAACACUGCUCCAGGCUUACGAGAAUGGCACACUCCAGAGUCUGGUAGGCGAGCUUGGACACGGACUUGUUCCAAUCCUGGAAGCCGCUCGUCGCAGUGCUACACAGGAUUGGGGUACAAGGGCUAGAAUGCGCAGCAGCUCUUCGGCAACAGCCAAGCGAAGCAGUUUCGCGCGCACACAAUCGGUCGUAGACGCCUUAUCCACUGCUGAAAAGCUUGACGAGAGUGGUGCACACGCCUCUACCACUCCAUCUCAGCCGCAGGAAGAGGAGGAAGCAUGUGAUGUGUUCGGAGGUGUUGAUGUGCCAGGCUCACUCGACCGUGGCGAUGACGCUUGCAGCAACCCUUGGUUCUCACGAUGUCCCAACCCGAAGCACUGCGAAGAGCGUUCGCGAGAGUCUCGGUCAGGUCAUGGUCUCAAGCGUACCGCGGACAUCGCCCUGCAUCGCGGUAAGCGUGGGUUGGGAUCGACAAGCAGCGUCUCCAGCUUCGGCACUACGCUAGGCGGUGGCAAGGUCGAGAGAGGAUCUGUUGAUAUGGAAAGGGCUCCCUCCACUGCAGCAAGCUCGGACAGUGGUGUAGCGCCAGCAUCGCCUUUGUCGUCAUCGGCAUCAUCCUCGGUUGGCACAGUAGGCGUUUUUGCAAGAUCGACAUGGACAUCUUGGAUGCCUUGCAGACCUGAAUCGCAAGUCGGCGGUGGAUUGCCAUUGGGUGGCCAGCAAGUCAGGUUGACAUCCAACAACGCUCAGCGAAGCUUGGCCUCAUCGGGUCUCGGUCGCACAUGGUCUUCAAGUCGACCAGCGUUCGGAAGGGAUGGCGGUAUGACACGCCCAGCGAGUACACAGUUUGUUCGAGGCUUCUCCACCUCAUCCGCUUUGUCGGCGUCUGGCUUGAACAGGAGCACUUCUUUCGGCCCGGGAAAUACUGAAGAAGCCGAACGAGACUGGCCUUUAACUGAGCUGGAACACAGACAAGCUCCUGUGUUCAGUACUGCUGGAGAGACACGGCUGGAAUGGAUCUCUCACAUUGGUGGAAUCCGUGUAGCUAAGCUUGGAGAAGCUCAAGUCGACUUGGACGAUGUAGACGCUCCGGCUAGCAACGGAGCAGAUGCUGGAGAAGGUACUCAGCCAAGCUUGCUUGGAGCCAUGGGCGGAUUUGAGAAUAAAGACUUGCUUCCUAUUCUGUGGAGAGGAUGCAGCCGAGGCUGUCUUGACUUCCUUGUCUGA